UGAUUUUUAAAAGAUGACAUCUCAUUCAUAAAAAAAUAUCUAAAAAAAGCCUGGCGGAUAUAUAGCUGGAGGUGCAGAAGCCAAUAUAGAAGAAUUAAAAAAAGAAUUAUAAUCUUGUAUAUAAAAAAAAGAUAUAAAAACCGUAUCAAUAGUGUUAUCUUAUAUAUUAGAAAAAAAUCUUAACCAAACAGAAAAAUUUUAAUAUUCAAUAAUGAGACUUUAAUAUUUAUUAGAACUUAAUUAAUACUAAGACUGUGCUUUAAGUUGCGAGAAAUAUCUAAAUGAACUUUCUUAGAGUUAAAAAGAUAAAUAAACAUAAUAAUAUGAAAUUAAUAUACGUUUAUUAUUAUCAAAAGUAAGAAAAUUAAAAAAUAUUAAUUUAUAAAAAAUAGUCCAAAUCAAAUUUAGGUGAAAUAUGGAGUGGAUAUUUAGAAUAUCUUCGAGCAGAAGGAUUUUGUUAGUAGUUAAUUUAAUAAAAGUAAUAAUAAAUAAAUAAAGGAAAAGGAAAAAUUAGUGAAAACGAUAUAAAUUGGAACGAAACUGAUAAUGAUUUACUUCUUAAAGAAUUAUAGAAUACAGAAUUGCAUUUUAAAGCAAAGUUAAAUUAAGAUAAAAAUGCUAUUAAUUUCACCUUUUCUAAUGGAUUUUCGAAUACUGGGUGCUUAGGUUUAGAAUAAAUUACUUAGUGUAAAAUAUUACCGAUUCCUUAAUUUAAAAACAGAUAAGUUUUAAGUAUUGCGUGCGGAGAUCAUCAUACUAUAGUACUUGUGAAAGCUUUUUCUUUGUAGCAUUUAUAUUAACCAAAUUAUUAGUAAGUUUCUCCUAAUUUUGAUUCUUGUUGUGAAGUUUUCGGUUGGGGAUAAAAUACAUGUGGAUAAAUUACAGGUGAUUCUAAUUACAAUACGUAUAUGAUUUUUUUGUUUUUAUUUUUAUAUAUAUAUUUUUUUUUAAGAAUUAUUGAUAAACCACUUCUUAUUGCAGAAUUUAGUGGGAAAUAAAUUUGCUGUGUAGGCGCUUAUAAAGCAAGUAGUAUUGCAGUGGAUAUAAAUGGAAAUGUUUAUGAAUGGGGGAAAUAUAAAUAUAAUUAAAUUGAUAAUUCAAAUAUUGAGAUGACUUUCGUUUUAAAAAAAAACAUUAUUAGUGUUUUUAAGGGAAAUAGUUUCUAUGUGGCUUAGGAUAAUAAAAAUUAAGCUUAUUUGUGGGGGAAUUUAAAAAAUAUAUAAGUGAAAAAAGAUAAAUACGAUUAAAUAAAUAUUGAUAAGAUUUAAAGUAUUUCGGCUGGAAGUGAUCAUAUUAUUGUUUCAGAUUUGGAAGGCAAUGUAUUUUUUUUUGUAUUUGGAAUGGGUGAUAAUUCAAAAGGUUAACUUUCUUUAAGUUAAAAUGUAUAGUUUUCUAAAUAAUUCUAAUAAUUAAAUUAGUUAAAAGGAUAUAAUAUUUAAAAAGUAUAAGCUUAUUAAAAUUUAUCAAUGUUCAUAUCUAAGUAAGGAGAAUUAUUAUAUACAGGUGAAUAUUAAAGUGGAAGUAAAAAAAAAAAUAUAUAAAAUAAAAAUAAAAAAAAAUAAAAGAAAUUACUGAAUUUAUAAAGGAAGCAGAAUUCUAAGAAGAAAAUUUAAAAAUUGUAAAUAUUUCUAAUGCUGAAAAUAUUAUUUGUGCAAUAACUUAAAAUGGAUAAACAUAUGUAUGGGAAACUGAUAUUUCAGUAAAAUUUAAAAAACAUAAAGAUAUAAAUACUUAAUCAUUUAGAGGAAUUAAAAUGGGAUAAGGAUUUUCUAUAUUUACUAAAAGUCUUCCUAAUGUAAACAUUUGUUCUGUCGAAUUAAAAAAUAAUACAAAAUUAGAAACAUAUUCCCCUAUUAAUAUACAUAUUUAACUUCGUGAUUAUAAUGGACCUUGGGGAUUAAAACCUUUUUAUCCAAUAAGAUUUUAAUUAAUGCUAACAGAUAAUAAUAAUAUUAGUAAAUAGAAUUAAGAGAAAAUUGCUUAAUAAUUUAGUCAAUUAACUUAAUCAAAAUAUAAUCAAGAUAAAGUUUAUAUAGAUGAAAUUAAUGGAGAUAAUCUUUUAUAAUUUUCAAUUAAAUAGAAUUAAAAUGAUUUAUCGAUAUAUGAAUUAUAAAUAUAAUGUGAAAAUUCAGGAAAAUAUUUCCUUUCAAUACUUCUAAAUGAAGAACUUUUACCUAAUAUGCCUAUUGUGUUAAAUAUUUUAACUUCAGCUUAAGAAAAAAAUAAUAAAGAAGUACAAGCUUAAGAUGAAUAGAAGAAAAUUAAUGAAUAAUUAGAAAAAUAAAAAAAGAUGA